AUGGAGCUCACGAGGGAAAUCGGAUUGUUGGACCUGACAGUUCUCGAGCACUUCACGGACAUGAACCUCGUACACGUGCACUGUAAACAGCAAAUAAACCUGUGCGGAAUUCCUCAUAUAAGAUCGUUGGGCAAGCUCUUGAUCGCCAGCUCGGAAAUACUGAACAACCGAGCACAUCGUCUAUACUACGUGCUGUCCCGGUUUGAUAAUAUGAUAUUGCCGCUAGACGACAACAUCGCGUUCGACGUGUUCCUCGAUUGGUUUCUUUACAGAAACGUGAAUAAUGUUUACGCAGUCGUCGAGAACCUCACGACCACCGAUUUCAAGAAAGUGGUGUCGUUGUACCUGAGUCAAAUGCCUAGAUUAGAUUUGGACUCAGCUAAUCUUAGUUUCAAACAAACAAUCGCCAAACCAUUUAGCCACCGGCCAAUGGAACCGGAACUGAAUUCAGCAGAUGGGCCGCCUUCUAGAAAACAGUAA